GGCAGGAAGCCCUCGCUCCGCUUCCGCCCCCGCCCCCUCCAUGGCGCUCGAGUCCAUCCGGUACCGACGUGGGUCCCUGUCGGUGCUGAACCAGCUGCUGCUCCCGGAGCGGAUCCGGUACGAGCGGGUGGGGGGGGCGGAGAGAGCAUGGACGGUCAUCAACAGCAUGGAGGUGCGGGGGGCGCCGGCGAUCGCCUUGGUUGCGUGUUUGAGCCUGGCGGUGGAGCUGGCGACCGGAGCCGAUGCCGGUGCCGGUACCGGUGGUGAUGGUGAUGCCGGUACCGGUGCUGCUGGCGGUACUGGUGCUGGUGGUGAUGUCGGUGGUGAUGCCAAUGCCGGUGCUGGUGGUGAUGCUGAUGCCGGUGCUGAUACCAGUACCGGUGCUGGUGUUGGUGCUGGUACCGAUGGUGAUGCCGGUACCGGUACCAGUACCGGUGUUGGUGUUGAUGCUGGUACCGGUACCGGUGUUGGUGCUGGUACCGGUACUGAUGGUGAUGCCGGUACCGGUACCAGUGCUGAUGCUGGUGGUGAUACCGGUACCGGUCCCAGUCCCGGUGCUGAGGUGGCAGCACUGGAAGCCUUCGUGCAGCAGCGGCUCCGGUUCCUGCUCACUGCCAGGCCCACGGCCGUGAACCUGCUCCGGGAGGCUGAGAGGCUGCAGGAGCUGAUCCGGGGCUGGAGCCGGAGCCCUGGGAUCACUGCCCCGGAGCUGCGGGAGCGCAUCAUUGAGCACAUCGAGGGGCUCCUGGCCAAGGACCGUCAGGACAACGAGAGCAUUGGUGCUUAUGGUGCUCAGGACAUCCUGCGCCGCGUCCCCCCCGGCGCCACCGUCACCAUCCUCACCCAUUGCAACACCGGGAGCCUCGCUACAGCCGGUUACGGCACCGCGCUCGGCAUCGUGCGGACGCUGCAUGCACAGGGUCGGCUCCGGAGGGUGUUGUGCACCGAGACCCGGCCCUACAACCAGGGCAGCCGCCUGACGGCCUUCGAGCUGUGCCAUGACCACAUCCCUGUCACCCUCAUUGCCGACAGUGCAGCCGCUGCUGCCAUGGGGGAGCACCGGGUGGAUGCCGUCCUGGUGGGCGCCGACCGCGUGGCCGCCAACGGGGACACCGCCAACAAGAUCGGGACGCUGGCGCUGGCGUUGGCCGCGCGGCACAACCGCAUCCCCUUCUAUGUGGCGGCCCCGACCUCCAGCCUCGACCCCAUGGUGCCCAAUGGGAGCCUCAUCCCCAUGGAGGAGAGGCCGGGACGGGAGCUCACCCACCUGCAGGGGCUGUGCCUGGCGCCUCCUGGUAUCGACGUCUGGAACCCUGCGUUUGACGUCACUCCGCAUGACCUCAUCACGGGCGGGGUCGUGACCGAGCGGGGGGUGUUCCCCCCCGGUGACGUCACCCGCGCGCUGUCCGCGUGCGCCGCCAGGGGGCAGUAAAGGACCGGGCGGUGUCACGUGG